CUUUGCUGGAGGAGCUUCCAGUAGCAGGACAGGAGAGGAGAGAGAGGAGGAUCCUCGUGUCCAGAGCAGGAGGCUGCGCUGAAAAUCUGCUGGUUAUUUUUUCGGGGUUUUUUUUUUAGGGGGACCGCUUCCUGCGCUGCUGACCCCAGAGCAGCUGCAAACAUGACGACGGGCCUAACGCUAGCCACGGCUGCCCUGCUCGCAGUUCUGCUCUCCUCCGUAGAGGCUCAAGUGGAGCCCCCGUCAGACUUGAAAUUUAAGAUACUAAAUGAGAAAACAGUGGAAAUGUCAUGGACAAGACCCUCGACAAGAGUAGAGGGCUUCAGAAUACAAGUUGUAUCAGACACAGAUGAACCGCCAAAAGAAAUAAGCCUCCCUUCUUCUGUCACUACGACCUCCAUCACUGACUUGACCCCUGAGCUGGACUACUCGGUGUCCAUCAACUCCUUCUAUGGCAGCGAUGAGAGCAUCCCUAUCUUUGGACAAUUGACCAUUCAGUCCAGUAACACCAGCGGACGAGUCAGGAGGCCACAGUCAGAUGCAAUCAAGUGUUCUGUCAGUGCCAUAGCGGACUUGGCUUUCCUGGUGGACGGGUCAUGGAGCGUGGGCAGGGAAAACUUCAAGCACAUCCGUAGUUUUAUUGGCGCCAUGGCGGGAGCGUUUGACAUUGGCGAGGACAAAACCCGGGUGGCGGUGGUGCAGUACAGCACGGACACUCGCACCGAGUUCCCACUGACCCGGUACACCAAGAGAGGAGAACUGCUGAGGGCCAUCAGCACCCUGCCAUACAAAGGAGGGAACACUAUGACAGGUGACGCCAUAGAUUACCUACAGCAAAACAUCUUUACGGAAGCAGCUGGAUCAAGGAAGGCUUUUCCGAAGGUAGCCAUGAUCAUCACUGAUGGAAAAUCCCAGGACCCGGUGGAAGAGCAUGCUAGAAGACUCAGGAACAUCGGAGUGGAAAUAUUUGUCCUAGGCAUCAAAGGUGCAGAUGAGGAUGAGCUGAAGGAGAUGGCCUCCACGCCUCACAACAAGCACGUAUACAACGUACCAAACUUUGACAUGAUCCAGGAAGUGCAGAAACGGAUCAUUACGGAGGUGUGCUCUGGUGUUGACGAUCAGCUCAACUCUCUGGUCAGCGGAGAAGAAAUGGUGGAACCAGCCUCUAACCUGCAGGUGACGGAGAUUUCCUCCAAGUCUAUGAGGGUGACCUGGGAUGCCUCCCUGGGUGAUAUCUCAGGCUACAAGCUCACCCUUAAUCCAAUGCUGUCUGGCAUGAAACGCCAGGAGCUGUACAUUGGGUCCACUCAGACCUCCAUCAACGUCCGCGACCUGUCCCCCGAGACGGAGUAUGAGAUCACCCUGUACGCCCUCAAAGGUCUGACUCCCAGCGAACCUGUAAUGGCCAUGGAGAAAACUCAGCCUGUUAAGGUGUCAACAGAAUGUUCUCUGGGCGUGGAUGUGCAGGCAGAUGUGGUCCUCCUGGUCGAUGGCUCUUAUAGUAUCGGAUUACAAAACUUUGCCAAGGUCCGCGCAUUCCUUGAAGUUCUGGUCACCUCCUUCGACAUCGGGCCCAGUAAGGUCCAGAUCAGCUUGGUGCAGUACAGCCGCGACCCGCACACUGAGUUCGCCCUCAACACCCACCACGACAUCAAUGCUGUCGUCAAGGCUGUGCGCUCGUUCCCCUACCGCGGAGGCUCCACCAACACCGGCAAAGCCAUGACUUACGUCAGGGAGAAGAUCUUCAUCCAAGCCCGUGGGGCACGACAAAACGUCCCACGUGUCAUGGUCCUGAUCACAGAUGGAAAGUCAUCUGACUCUUUCAAGGAUGCGGCAACCAAGCUGAGGAGCACCGAUGUGGAGAUCUUUGCCGUCGGUGUGAAGGAUGCAGUGCGGUCUGAGUUGGAGGCCAUCGCUAACCCGCCGGCAGACACUCACGUCUACGAGGUGGAGGACUUUGAUGCCUUCCAGAGGAUCUCCAAGGAGCUGACUCAGUCCAUCUGUCUGAGGAUUGAACAGGAGCUGCUUAACAUCAAAAAGAGGAGUCUGCUUCCACCUACAGACUUGACGUUCUCCGAGGUGACCUCCAGAAGUUUCCGUACCACCUGGGCACACCCAACCACCAAUGUCUUGUCCUAUCUCGUGCGUUUCCGCAAGGCCGAAGACGUCACUGGAGACUACAUUUCGCUGGCGGUGCCCAGAGAGACCAACACCGCUGUCCUGCCCCAUCUUUUCCCCGUCACUACCUACGAGGUCAACGUCUUUGCUCAGUAUGAGAAAGGGGACAGUUUCCCGUUGACUGGUGAAGAGACCACCCUUGAAGAGCAAGGAACUGUGCGUAACCUUCGUGUAACAGAAGAGACCACGGACAGUUUCAGGGUGUCCUGGCAGGCUGCUCCAGGUGCGGUGAUUCGGUAUCGCUUGUCCUACAACCCGCUAAGUGGGGCUGGGGAGACACUACAAGCCCUGACCAGUGGACCCGAGACCACCAUUGUUCUCAAUGAGCUUUUCCCCAUCACCACCUACCGAGUGUCCGUAUUUGCUGAGUACGCAACAGGCCUGGGGGAUGAGAUGCAAGUGGAUGGCACCACAAAAGAAAUGCGUGGAUCUCCACGUGACCUCCGUGUCUUUGACGAGACCAUAUCUACAAUGAAGCUGUCAUGGCAGGCCGCUCCUGGAAAUGUCCUGCAGUACCGCAUCGCAUUCAAACCCGCCGACGGCGGUGAGAAGAAGGAGAUAUCUGUGAAAGGAGAUACCACCGAGGCCACCCUCAAAAACCUGAGGGCCAAUACUGAAUAUGAACUGUUUGUCACCGCUCGCUACUCUUCUGGUCUGGGCGAGCCUCUUCUCGGCACAGGAACCACUUUGGAAGAACUUGGCUCGCCCAAAGACCUGGUGACCAGUGAUGUCACCGACACUAGUUUUGCAGUAUCUUGGACUGCGGCACCCGGUAACGUCCGUCAGUACCGGCUCAGGUGGAAGUCACUGUUCACCGAAGAGUCCGGGGAGAAGAUGGUGCCGGGAGACACGACAGCCACCGUCCUGGACGGUCUCACCCCGGAGACACGCUACCGGGUCUCGGUCUUCGCCGGCUAUGGCCAUGGCGAGGGGCAGCCAUUGGUGGGAGAGGAAACCACAGAUGUCUCAGCUGCUGGCAAAGUGAUCGUUGUCUCAGACGAGACAGAGAAGACCAUGAAGGUGACGUGGCAGCCGGCGCCUGGCAAUGUGGUCAACUACCGCGUUACCUACAAACCCAAGGUGGGAGGACGCCAGCUAGCUGCCAAGGUGCCCGGCGGCACAACCACAACUAUCCUGAGACGCCUUACUCCGCUAACCACCUACGACAUCGCCGUGUUGCCCGUCUACCGUCAGGGAGAAGGCAAAGCAAGGGAAGGGGAAGGAACAACACUGUCGCCUUACAAAGGCCCCAGGAACCUGCAAACUUCAGAGCCCACCAAGACCAGUUUCCGUGUGACCUGGGACCAUGCGCCCGGGGACGUUAAGGGCUACAAGGUGACCUUCCACCCCCUAGGGGAUGACAUCGACCUGGGAGAACUUCUUGUUGGGCCGUAUGACAACACAGUGGUGCUAGAGGAAUUAAGAGCCGGUACAAAAUAUACAGUGAGUGUGUUUGGGAUGUUUGAUGGCGGAGAGAGUAUGCCUUUGGCUGGCGAGGAGAAAACCACUCUCUCAGAUGCUCCUGAGCCACCUCCUUAUGAGGUACCAGAUGUGGUUUGCAAAACCAAGGCCCAGGCAGACAUUGUUCUGCUGGUGGAUGGCUCCUGGAGUAUUGGACGUCUCAACUUUAAGACCAUCCGUGCCUUCAUCGCCCGCAUGGUGGGAGUCUUUGACAUUGGGCCCGAAAGGGUACAGAUCGGUUUGGCUCAAUACAGUGGAGACCCCAAGACUGAAUGGCAUCUUAAUGCCCACAGAACCAGGGACUCACUGCUGGAGGCUGUGGCUAAUCUGCCCUACAAAGGAGGCAACACUUUGACCGGUCUGGCUUUGAACUACAUUCUCCAGAACAAUUUCAAAGAGAACGUCGGCAUGCGGCCCAACUCUCGCAAGAUCGGCGUGCUCGUCACUGACGGCAAAUCCCAGGAUGACAUUAUCGUCAAUUCCCAGAACCUGCGUGACCAGGGUAUCGAGCUGUAUGCCAUUGGUGUGAAGAACGCUGAUGAGAACGAGCUGAGGUCCAUCGCAUCUGACCCGGAUGACAUUCACAUGUACAACGUGGCCGACUUCUCCUUCCUGUUAGACAUCGUGGACAGCCUGACAGAAAACCUCUGUAACAGCGUCAAGGGGCCAGGAGGUGCCCCCGAGGCUCCCAGUACCCUGGUAUUAUCAGAUGUGACCCACCACUCCUUACGGGCCACCUGGACUGCCCCUGAAAGCCCAGUGGAGAAGUACCGUGUGGAGUACAUGGCUCCGUCUGGACGCCCACAACAGGUGGUUGUGGAUGGCCCUGAGACCACAGUGGUUCUCCAGAGCCUCAACCCACUGACAGAGUACCUGGUCAACGUCUACUCAGUGGUUGGAGAGGAGAGCAGUGAGCCACUUAAAGGAUCCGAAACCACACUGCCCCUGAGUGCCGUGAGGCAGAUGAACGUCUAUGAUGCGCAGACCACCACCAUGCGAGUGAGAUGGGAGAAGGUUGAUGGUGCCACGGGCUACAUGCUGCUCUACAGCGCAAUCAACACCACACAGCCCGUUGCUGAGCAGGAGAUGAGGGUGGGAUGGGACACAGCAGAUGUCCAGCUGGUGAAGCUGCUCCCCAACACAGCCUACAGCAUUUCCCUUUUCGCCCUGCACGGAGAGUCAGCUAGUGAACCGCUCACCGACCAGGGAGUCACCUUGCCCCUGUCCCCUGCGGGUGAGCUGAGGGUGUUCGAUGUCACCCACAGCACCAUGAAACUCGACUGGGACGCUGCGCCUGGCCCUGUGCGCAAAUAUCUAAUCACCUACAAGCCCGAGGAUGGAGAAGCUAAAGAGCUGGAAGUCCCUGGAAGUUUGACCACCAGGCAACUCGACAACCUGAUCUCACAAACCGAAUACAGCCUGGCUGUUACACCUAUGUAUGACGAGGUAUCUGCUCUGCCGAUGCUGGGGGAAGCCAUCACUGAUGUGGUUCCUGCCCCCAAGAACCUGCGCUUCUCAGAAGUGACCCAGACCAGUUUCAAAGCCACCUGGGAGAACGGCGCCCCUGACGUGGCUUUAUACCGCAUCGGCUGGUCCAAGAAGGGAGACAACAACUUCGAAUAUGCCAUCCUUAGCAGCGAUGAAACUACCCGUUUACUGGAGAACUUGGAGCCAGACACACCCUAUGAUGUGUCUGUCACUGCCAUCUACCCUGAUGAAUCGGAGAGCGAGGACCUGCUGGGCACCGAGAGGACACUGCCCAAGCAAACUGGUCCAAUACCCAACGCACCUCCCACCAACCUGGUUGUGUUCAACGCCACCACCACCAGCCUGAACGCCAGAUGGAAUCCUGCCCCGGGUCGCGUCCAGACCUACAAGAUCACCUACGUCCCCACUGCCGGAGGCAGAACUCAGACGACUCAGGUCGGAGGUAAGAAGAAUACGGUCCUGCUUCCCAAACUGACCCCCAACACCGAGUACUCCAUCAGCGUGGUGGCGGUCUACCCAAGAGGAGUAAGCAGGGAGCUGAAGGGCCCUGGCAAAACCAAGCCUCUGGGUGGUGUGAGGAACCUGCAGGUCACUGACCCAACCACCAGCACCUUGAAUGUCCAGUGGGAGGCGGCCGAGGGAAACGUUCGUCAGUAUAAAAUCUUCUACGUCCCAACCGCUGGUGGAGAUGAGGAUAUGGUGCAGGUAUCUGGCAGCACCUACAACACUGUCCUCAAGAACCUGCUGUCUGAUACUGAAUACACUGUCACCGUGAUGCCGGUCUACUCCCUCGGAGAGGGACAACGCAUGUCUGAAAAGGGAAAAACCCUGGAGCGUAGCCCUGUCAGGAACAUCCAGGUGUUCAACCCAACCACCAACACCCUGAACGUGCGCUGGGAGCCGGCCACAGGCCCGGUCCAGCAGUACCGGGUGGUCUAUUCCCCGCUUACUGGCACCAGGCCCUCUGAGUCGGUUGUCGUUCCCGGGACCACCACCACUACUUUGCUGGAGCAGCUGCUCCCAGACACCCCAUACAACGUCGGCGUGGUGGCCCUAUACGCUGACGGCGAAGGACCCUCAGUCAGCGACUCUGGGACAACACUUCCCCGUAGCGGCCCCAGGAACCUGCGUGUAUACGACCCCACCACCAGCACUCUGUCUGUGAACUGGGAACAUGCUGAGGGUCCCGUCAUGCAGUAUCGCAUCACCUAUGCCCCAACCACCGGAGACCCCAUCGAGGAGCAUACUACAGUGCCAGGAAACAGGAACAACGUGAUUUUGCAAAAUCUGGACCCAGACACCCCUUAUAACAUCAAGGUGACUGCUGUCUAUGCUGACGGGCCUGGAGGAGAGCUGGAAGGAGAUGGGCGCACAGUGGGCAUGCUGGGUCCCAGGAACCUGCGCGUUUCUGAUGAGUGGUACACCCGCUUCAGGGUGGCCUGGGAUCCUGCACCUUCCAGGGUCAACGGAUACAAACUGGUCUACCAGCCUGAGGGCUCAGAUGAGUCAAAGGAGGUGUUUGUCGGCGACGUGACCUCCUACCAACUGCACAACCUGAAGCCCGGGACCACCUAUGACCUCAAGGUGCUGGCCCAGUAUGACAUGGGCGUCAGCGCACCCCUGAUUGGACCAGGCACCACACUCUACCUGAACGUGACAGAUGUGAACACCUACAACGUUGGCUAUGACGCCUUCUGCGUCCGCUGGGCCCCGCACAGAGCUGCCACCUCCUACAGACUCAAAAUAAAUCCUUUUGAUCCCUCCAACAGCGGCGCCCAGGAGAUCACGGUCAGGGGUUCAGAGAGUAACUACUGUUUCGACGGCAUGACCCCCGACGCGCUGUACAACGCCACCGUGUACACCCAGACCCCCAACCUGGAGGGACCCGGCGUCACUGUCAAGGAGAGGACACUGGUCAAACCCACAGAGAGCCCAACAGAGCCCCCGACCCCACCUCCUCCAGCGACCAUCCCCCCUGCUCUUGACGUUUGCAAAGGGGCCAAGGCAGACCUGGUCUUCCUCAUUGAUGGUUCCUGGAGUAUAGGCGACGAGAGCUUCAGCAAGGUCAUCCAGUUCGUCUUCAGCAUGACCGGCGCUUUUGAUGUCAUCAACCCUGGUGGCAUGCAGGUUUCGUUUGUGCAGUACAGCGAUAAUGCUAAGACUGAGUUCAAGCUGAAUACCUACCAUGACAAGGGCAUGGUGCUCUCAGCUCUGCAGAUGGUCCGCUACAGAGGAGGAAACACCAAGACAGGUGUUGCUCUGGAGCACGUCUUUGAGAAGGUUUUCACCUCAGACAGCGGCAUGAGGAGGAACGUCCCGAAGGUGCUGGUGGUUGUCACAGACGGACGCUCCCAGGACGAAGUCAAGAAGAACGCCGAAAGACUGCAGCACUCUGGCUACAGUGUGUUCGUGGUGGGUGUGGCCGAUGUUGACAUGACAGAACUGAGAAUCAUCGGCAGCAAGCCCAGCGAGAGACACAUCUUUGUGGUGGACGACUACGAUGCCUUUGCUAAGAUCCAGGAUAACCUGAUCACCUUCAUCUGCGAAACAGCCACCUCCACUUGUCCUCUGAUCUACAUCGAUGGCUUCACCACACCUGGCUUCAGGAUGCUGGAGGCCUUCAACAUCACAGACAAGAUGUUUGCUGGCAUGAAUGGCGUGUCCAUGGAGCCAGGCUCCUUCAACAGCUACAUUGCUUACAGGCUGCACAAAGACUCCUUCCUCAACCAGCCCACAAAGGAGGUACACCCAGAAGGUCUUCCCCCAUCCUAUACCAUCAUCCUGCUCUUGCGCCUCCUGCCCGACACACCCACAGAGGCCUUUGAUAUCUGGCAGAUUGCCGACAGCAGCAACAACCCCGAGGUUGGGGUCACCCUCAACCCUUCCAGCAAAACAAUCACGUUCUACAACAAGGACACCCGAGGAGAGGUCCAACGAGCCACAUUUAAUGAGGACCAAGUGAAGCGAGUUUUCCAUGGGAGCUUCCACAAGCUCCAUAUCACCAUCUCCCCUGAGAAAGUCAAACUCAAUGUGGACUGCCAAGAGGUAGCAGAGAAGCCCAUCAAAGAGGCCAAAAACAUCUCUUUGGAUGGUUAUGAAGUACUCGGCAAGAUGGCCAAGUCCGGAGGCGGAAAGAGACAGUCUGCAACUUUCCAGCUCCAGAUGUUCGAUAUUAUCUGCAGCCUAGGUUGGAUCAGCCGGGACAGAUGCUGUGACUUGCCUGCCACGAGAGAUGAGGCUAAAUGUCCAUCCCUUCCCCACUCCUGCACAUGUACACAGGACAGCAUCGGCCCUCAGGGACCUCCUGGACCUUCAGGCAGUCCAGGUUCUAAGGGACCACGUGGAGACAGAGGAGAAACUGGCCUCACUGGUUCAAUGGGCCCACGUGGCGACCUAGGUAUCCCCGGCCCAAUGGGACCACCAGGUCCACAAGGCCCUAACGGGCUGUCUCUACCUGGAGAGCCUGGUCGGCCCGGACCAAAGGGAGAUCCCGGAGACCCAGGCUUGCCUGGUCUGCAAGGUUCUCGUGGGCCUGCUGGCCCUCUGGGCCCCGUUGGACCAGGUGGAGUACGGGGACCACCAGGAAAGGAGGGACAAUCUGGACCCAGAGGCCCACCAGGGCCAAUGGGAAAUCCUGGAAAUCCAGGAGUACCAGGAAUUACAGGGAAACCAGGGAAACCUGGAGAACCAGGAAAUCCAGGACCACUUGGUAUGAAAGGAGAGAAGGGAGAGAGGGGAGACUUUGCAUCCCAGAACAUGAUGCGCUCAAUUGCCAGACAAGUUUGUGAACAGCUUGUGAACAGCCAAAUGAGCAGAGUCAACAUGAUGCUCAACCAGAUCCCCUCUGGCUACCGCAGCAACACACCAGGGCCCCCCGGCCCUCCUGGACCUUCUGGCAACCAGGGGUCUCGCGGAGAGCCUGGACAGCCCGGCCGUACUGGUUUCCCUGGAAGUCCAGGUUUACCCGGAAACCAAGGAGAACGAGGUUUGCCAGGAGAGAAAGGAGAGAGAGGAGUUGCUGGAACUGGAACCAGAGGGCAAAGAGGACCAAAUGGUCCACCAGGGCCACCAGGCGAUUCCAGGACAGGUCCCCCAGGUCCCGCAGGCUCUGUCGGGCCUCGUGGCCCUUCAGGUCGUCAGGGUACUCCCGGGGUCAGGGGACCCCCUGGCCCCCCUGGCUACUGCGACUCCUCUCAGUGUGUUGGCAUUCCUUACAAUGGACAAGGAUACACAGCCAACCGCUACGAGCCUGAGCCUGAGGUAGUGUCUAUACCUGUGGAGCCAGAGGAAGAAUUUGAGACUAUACAAUCACCCGGUUACUCACGAAACCAGCGUGGAAAGCGGUCACUGCCGAGGGAUGAUACUAACAGAAUAGCAUCAUAGACACAAAAAAGGAGUUCUCAAAAAAGUGCUAUAUUAAACUAAUUCCCAUGAUCACAUGGCAGAGUACGAAGCGACAGAAAGAAAAAUAGGACUUUGGGUUUGAUACCCUUGGCUUUGUUGAACAUAUAUUUUUACCGAAUGAGAAAGUUUAAGCGAGAUGAAUUCACAAGACUAAAUGUUUCAGUACAAAACCUGUGUGCUUGCUAACUGUUCCUUUAAGUGUCUCUGCUUGUAACAUAACUGCAUCAAGUCUGUAUUGGAGUCCAAUGUGUAAUGCACUAAUCAUGUGGAAAUCAGAGAAUACUAGAAAUAUGUAUGUUUUGAACCCAUCUUUUUUUUUUACAGUAGUAGCAAAUCUCACCAUGUAAGAUUGAUGUCAAUACUGCAUAUCAAUUGAUCCACAUACAUCUUCAUUUAACCAGAUUUAAAAAAGAUUGCUAUUUGUGGCCUUUUAUAAGUCCUGUAAACCAAAUGUUAAUCUGAUUAAUUGUAAUAAAUCAUGGCUGAUUUUUUUUUUUUGUAACCAAAGGUGGAAUUGCAUGUCUGUGUUGUAUAUUAAGUGAGGACUUCUAAAUCAGAAUAUAAUUGUUUUGUAUCAAUGCAGUUGGGAUUUGCUUGCAAAACUAUGGACAUGGAAUUGCUUUUCUCAUGUCUUAACUGCACAUUUGUGAAUUCCACAACCUUAUUUUCUUAUUUAUUUCUGAAACAAAAAGAGGCAUUUUUCAAUAAAACUACU